GAUGUCCAAUCCACGUACUCUUCUUUUACCUCUUUAUUGAAGGUUAAGCACAAGAACAAUGUUCCCCAAAGAACAAAGAACAUAAUUACUUAAAGUACAGUUCCCAUCCAUUUCUAGCUACUUAAACCCUAGUUCAAGAAAAGCAUCUUCGUCUGCAUACCACCUUUAUUAACCCCUUCUACUUACAUGCAUGUAAUUUUUCGGUCGAUCUCCAAGUUAUUCAUACAGCAGCGGUAGCCUUGGCAGACCAGACCAGAGAGGCAAAAAUUGCUAGUAGCAGUAGCAGUAGCAGCUAGAAGCCAUGUUAAUAAUUUUUGUUUCACCAUGCACACUACCUCUUAAUUAAGUGUUGCUGGUUAAUUCAUUAGUUGGCACUUGGCAGCACGGAUGGACGAUGGAUGUGAAUGAAGAUGCAUGCACGAUGCGGUGGCCAUGGGCGUCAGGCGGUGCUCCUCUCGAGCAUCUCGCAGAAGCGCUUGAAGGAGUCGAGCUUCUGCAGCUUGAGCUGGCGGUGGAUGCGGCGGAUGAAGACGUCGGCGACGUGGUCGAUCUCGUCCUCGAGGCUGAACUCGGCGGCGUUGCCGUCGCCGGCCUCCCGCGCCCUGGCGUCGCGCAUGACGUCGAUGACCGAGCCCGGCGCGUUGACCAGCUCGUCGUCCUCGUCGGCGAACAGCGAGUGGGUGAGGUAGUCGUCGCUGUCCUCCUCCUCCUCCUCCUGCGGCGGCGGCUCCGCCUCGUGGGCGCCCAGCUCCGCGGAGAAGCUGUAGCUGGGGGGCUUGUAGAGCACGAUGGCCUUAUUCCUGCCGCCGCCGCCGCCGCCGUCUUCGUCGCUGCUGUCGCGCUGCUGCUUGCCGGCGCCGUUGUCUGCUGCUUCCUGCUGCUGCCCCAUGAUGGCGUGGAUCUUGUGGUUGAUGGCGGUGACGAGCAGCUUCUUGUUGCGGAGGAUGCCGAAGAUGAGGAGGCGCGUCUUGAGGGCGCUGGUCUUGACGCGCACCGCCGUGGACUUGGCCUUGACUACCGCCACGAUGGUCGACACCAUCUGCUUCAGGAACCUCGACGCCUUGCCCUUCAUCUUAGUUGUUACACACUUGCCUCGCUAGCUUGCAGCUGCAGUAUGUAGCGGCUGUAGCGUGGAGAGAUUCUUGUGGAUGGUGGUGUCAGUGUGUGUGUAUGUGACGGACAGUACUGGCCGGCUAGCGACGAUUGGAGUGUGUUG